AGUGAAGUCAGAAUAAAAUUUGCCUGCAAAAAUUUCUGUGUCAAAAGAUGACUGUAAGCAGCCAUCAUACUGUAAUGAACCCGAGCUACGCUCAUACGCUCUACGACAUGACGCAUAUGGGCGACAUGGUGGCCACCGACUCCCCGAAUAUUUUCUGCACGACCAUCCCGUCACAUUGGAGAAGCAAUAAGUCUCUGCCUAGCAACUUCAGGGUCUUCAUAUUCGACGAAGUCAAGGACGGGACGAUUGUAACAAUCCGCGUUGGCAACGACGACAAUUUCAGCGGCGAGCUCAGGAACAACACAGCGAGCGUCAAGGAUAACGUUGCUCAAUUUAAUGACCUCAGGUUCAUCGGGAGAUCUGGGCGAGGAAAAUGCUUUUCACUGUCGCUGAUAGUGAACUCCUCCCCCGUGGUCAUGACGACGCUCAGUAAAGCCAUCAAAAUAACCGUCGACGGGCCAAGGGAGCCGCGCAAUAAGACUCGCCAGGGCUGGUACCACAUGCCGUGGGUGGGGCCAGGCGGCAUGGGCUACUCGCUUGGGCUUGACGCGCAGCACGCCGCGCUGGUGGAUCUGUACAGAGCAGCCCAAGGAGGAAGCCUCAUGGAGAUGUACCGUCUCAACCAAAUGCAGUCUUUUGUCAACGCGGGAGCGGCGGCACACAUGCUCGCUUCACCCACCGCUUCGGUGCCCGGGCCUCUGCAUGGCCAUCUACCCCUGCAAGUGACUAGCCCCAGCGUGUCUCUACAAGCGCCCUCGUCUCUGCUACAGCCGCCGCCACCUGUCAGCGCCAUGCAAUACCAGCAGAUGGCUGCCGCUUUGGCAGGACUUUCAGAGACACAUCGGUCUCCUCUCAUGGCCUCGGAAGGCCGGUGUCGACGCUGCAGUGGUUGUGACAGCGGCCUAGGGCCUUGCUCUGGAAGGUCCAAGUCUCCAAUAAGUCUAGCAGGCCUUCCAUCAAACGCAUCCACCACUUCAACUCGAUCCUCUAACUCAGCAGCCUCUUCUCCACCCAACACACCUUCUCCGCCUUCAAGAACAUCACCUUCAUCUACUACAACUCCGAGGUGUGACGGAAUAAAGUUGCUCUCCAACUCCUCUCCUCCCAGAAUGGCAGAUACCGCCAGACUUCAUCCUCUACUGAGAGCUCCUUUCAUACCAACUGGAUCUAGCUCCCUCUUGAAUUCGUCUAAUUUAUCUGCCGCUCGGUCCCCAGUUCGUUUUUAUGGAAGCUUGCAGACCAGCACUGCCAGUGUGGAGGCACCUGUGCCCAUUGCUGGGUUCAGCGCAUUCAGUAUACCGAAGCAUUCGCCUCGAAGUGUCGACAGUUCAAGAGCCCUGCAGCUUGCUGCGGUAGAUUCUACUAAUUCUUCAAGUCCUAAGGCCACAGCUAAGCUUCCUGACUCCAGUGAAUCGAACAGAGAUAUUGCCCACAGAAUCCACGUCGAAAAACAUAGAGCGAGUCCGCCCAGUGACCCAGAGUCUAAUGAUUCAGUCACCAGACACGCGCACAAGGAGCCCAUCAAGUUCCGUUCCUUAAAAGCGUCUUCUAGUCGAGCAUCUGGUCAUCACGUAUGGCGUCCGUACUGAGGAAUCUAUCGGACUUUUUACGUUAUAAUUGUUGAUAAAUUAUAACUGUUGAUUCUUACUUUCUUUGAAUAUUUAAAAAAUCAAACCAGGAUUGAAUUACAUCAAGAAACGUCUUGAAAUG